GUUUCUGGUGACAAGCAUGUGCCUUGGCCUCUGGUGGGAAUUCAGAACUGGUGGGGAUAGGGUUUUCUCAGCUGCCCCUUGGGGCGUCAUUGUCCUCUUUCUGCCAUCCUCCACCCCCACCCUCUGCUUGUCCAAGCUCCCUCUUCAAGGUCCUCCUUGAGGCUGAAGGACCCCAAGGACAUGUUUGCCCAAGGGGCUUUGCAUCCAUGAGCUCUGUGCAGGGGGCUGGUGCUCACGUAUGGGCUUGCAGCCCCAUGGAGGUGGAAAUCCAGUGCCGUAGACACUCCAGAAACAGCCCUGGAGUUCCACCACUGCCUGGCCUUCCGCAGCCUUGUGAUGUCGCCCUUAAAGAGCCAGUGCCACCCCGGCCGUCGCCCGUCCCACCUGCUGCACCCACAGACCUCGCCUGUGCCGGUGCCCACAGAGCAACACCUCCCACCAAGAGGGAUUUUUCCAUGUCUGCGCUGUGGAACACUGGCACUGAGCACCCCAUGACAUUCUCUCAUUGUACUCUGUGGUCUCAUGCCUCUGAGGACAGACCGCACGGCCACAGCAGAAAACCUAACGUGAACGUGGAGCAGCAGCGCCAGCAGGUGUGUGCAGCAGGACAUAAGGAUCAGCAAGCCAGGCACAGCAAGCCAGGCAGUGCGAGCAGUGGGAUGCAGAGAGGCAGCAGCACGGUGAGCUCGAGCGGACCACGCCAGGUCAGUAGGCCUGGGGGUAACCAGGCUGGAUACUGCCUGCUGUCUGCGGGACCUGUGGCAAUGCACCUUUUUAAUGCCUGCUGUAGGUGUCCUUUCUUUCUGGAUCAGACCAGAGACUUGUUAAGUUUCUCCAAGCAUCAACUUCACUGAUCUCCUCUGUUAUGUUUCUUACAGCAUUUGACUUGUGCUCUUUUAUCUGGUAUUUCCUUCCUUCUACUUACUCUGGUUUUAAGUUUUUAAUUUUUUUU